UACAUAUAAUGUCUGCUCUUUUUAAUUUCCAGAGUUUACUUCUUGUUAUUCUCUUAUUAAUUUGUACUUGUACUUAUAUUCGUGCUCAAGCACCUGCACUUAUGGAUAGGAAUAAAAAUGGGGCAUUUUCAGUUUUUUGGAAAGCUGCAAGAAUAGGUGAAAGACUAAGCCCAUAUGUUUCAAUAUGUUGUAUCUUAAUGGCUGUAUAUUAA